AUGAAAGCGGGCCUUGGACUCCCACAGCAGAUCAUUUCUGAGCUGCGGAAGGAGGUGAAUAUCAUCAUCCAUGCGGCCUCCACGAUCAACUUGACUUAUUCACUUGAACGAGUGUUUGGACAUAUCGUCCUGCCAAGCGAAUCCCUAGCCCAGAUGGCCCUGGAGUUUACCGACCUAGAUCGAUUUGUCUAUGUAUCCACGGCCUUCGCCAAUACACAUCUUUACAAGCUUUCCAGUAAGCCUGAAACAGAGAUAAACGAGGAGAUCUACCCACUUCUGGGUGAAGGAAAAAUGUUGGAUGACAGCCUUGCCAGUGCCCAAGAUGCCUGUGACCAAAUCAAGAAGACUGGCUCCUCGGCUGAAUUCGACCUCCAUGACUUUCCCUGGCCAUAUGCGUAUGGAAAGCACCUUGCAGAGCGAUUGAUCCUGAAGCUCUUUAAAGAAAAAGGAUGGGCAUCCAAGGUGCUAAUACUCCGCCCUUCCGUGAUAGGACCGGCGGAGAGAUAUCCAUACCCGGGGUAUAGUGUUCCAUUCUCAACGCCAUCAACAGCUCUCGCAACUGCGAUGGUUGCGUCCCCUGUUUUCAGCGUCACGGUACCUACGCGGUGUUCACGACCGGAAACUGAGGCGACCAUUGACGAGGUUCCGGUGGAUGUUGUUGUUGAUCGAAUGAUAGCCCACGUGGCCUUUAAUACCACCGGUUGCGUUCAUGCCGUAGGAGGUGAACGGGGCCGCUUUAGCUUCAUAGACUUCUGGGGUGCCGCAAUGAAGCUAAGAAGACUACCAUGGCAGCCGCGGAUAGUGUGGUCAUCAGCUAUUGAUUGGCAUUCACCGGACUUACAUCCUGUGCUACGGCUGUAUGUUAUUCUCGGCACUGCCUUCCUCUUCACAGAGGAGAAGACAAAUAAACUGUGGAAAAUACUUUCUUCGGAUGAACAAGGGGAUGUGAUCUUGUUCAGAAAUACCGGUGGGAAGUCAUACGAGCUGAUAUCAAGGCGAGAGCACAUUCGCCUCCUCAUCAGAAUGUUUGCACGGCGAACUAUCUUUCCAGCGUGGUUAUUGGUCUAUUUGUGUCGCUGA